AUGCCAUUGUCUCUCCCUAGUUACCAAGUAUUGCGGGUCAAAGUUCAAUCAGAUAAUGAUCGAAAAGUUAUGAACCAACUUAUGGAGUCCGGUAAGUACGACUUCUGGGACUUCCCACGUGACGUCAUGGUACACGUGAGUGAAAUCGAAGAGUUUGACCGGACAUUGAAUGAGAAUAAAAUAACCUAUGACAUGUGGAUCAAUGAUGUACAAGCACUGGUAGAUGGACAGUUCAGAAGGCGAAAGGACCACGAUAGAUACGCUCGACUGGCAGAAGAACCUGCGGUGCACGAGUUUGAUUACUCGGUGUACCAUCGAUACUCGGAGCUAGACCAGUGGAUCAAGGACACCGUAGGCAAAUACCCCGAUUUGACAGAGGAGUUCGUUAUCGGCAGAUCAUAUGAGAACAGAGUAAUCAGAGUGCUUAAGAUCGGUAACAAGACGUCCGAGGACAAAGAAGGAAUAUGGUUACAAAGUGGUAUCCAUGCACGGGAGUGGAUAGCACCUGCCACUAACAUUUGGAUGGCAAACGCAUUUUUAGAAGAGUUUAAAGAUGGAAGUGCAAACGAUACAACAUCUAUUCUCAACAAAUAUGACAUCUAUGUCUUACCCUCGGUGAAUCCUGACGGCUACGAAUAUACAUGGGACGAGUAUAGAUUAUGGAGGAAGACCAGAUCACCCAAUUUGGGUUCGGACUGCGUUGGAACCGACCCCAACAGAAAUUGGGCGUAUGGAUUUGGAGGUCCUGGUACAAGUAGCGACCCAUGCAGCCUUAUAUACACAGGGCCGUAUAUUCAUUCAGAAAUAGAAGUGAGGAACAUAGUUAAUUUCUUUACGAAGACAACGAAAACACGUUUUGUCUACUUCAAUGAUAUCCAUAGCUAUUCACAGUUACACUUGAAUCCGUGGGGAUAUCAGUACACACACCCAAAGGACUUUGAAGACCAUGUAAACAUUGCAUCCGGGAUUGGACUUGAUUGGGGAUACGGUGGAGCUGGAAUUAAAUACUCCCAUUCUCUGGAAUUACGAGACAAGGGAAAUUAUGGAUUUCUACUUCCCGAAGAUCAGAUAAUCCCAACGGCAGAAGAGACGUUUGUUGGCAUGAAAGCGGCUUUUAUGUACAUGAUGAACAAUCCGUAA